AUGACUCUUCAGAGCUAUUUCACCAUGAGGCAAGGUGAGCUCUUCCUGGAAGUGUGCAGUCCUGAAGACAGGCCAGACAGCUCAUGGCCUGGGAAUUUUGGAGUGAUCAGUAAAGGGUCAGGUGUUGGGGUUCCUGAGGAAAUUUGCCAGUGCAUCCUGGCUGAGUCUCAGCAUUUCUCAGCAGAACUCGUUGAGAAGAAGGAAGAAAACAAUAUGAAGAGGAAGAAGGAAGAGCUAAGGGAGCGCCUCAGUGCCUUGGACUGCCCUCAUGGCCCGGUUGGUUUACACAACAUUGGACAGACCUGCUGUCUUAACUCCCUUAUUCAGAUAUUAAUUAUGAAUGUGGGCUUCACCAGGAUAUUGAAGAGUGAAGCUGCAAGCAGGUCAGAUAAUAAAAAUGCUUUGGUAUGGAACUUUUUGAGGAGCUCCAGCCCCAGUCUGCCCCUUCUUCUCAUUGCUAGGCUUCUGGUUUCCACAGUUUCCAUGUUUGCAGUGUUUGUCCAGCAUGAUGCUGCUCAACUCUACCUCACAGUCUGGAACCUAAUUAAGGACCAAAUCACAGAUGUGGACUUGGUAGAGAGGCUGCAGGCCCUUUAUACAAUCCGGAUGAAGGAGUCCUUGGUUUGCCUUGAAUGUACAACGGAAAGGAGCAGAAAUAGUAGCAUGCUGACCCUCCCCCUUCCUCUUUUUGAUAUGGACUCAAAGCCCCUGAAAACCCUGGAGGAUGCCCUUCGCUGUUUCUUCCAACCCAGGGAGUUAUCAGGCAAAAGCAAAUGCUUCUGUGAGAACUGUGGGAAGAAGACUUGUGGGAAGCAGGUCUUGAAGCUGACCCAUUUGCCCCAGACCUUGACAAUCCACCUCUUACGGUUCUCCAUCAGGAAUUCGCAGACAGAAAAAAUCUGCCACUCACUUUAUUUCCCCCAGAGUUUGGAUUUAAGUCAGGUCCUUCUGAUUGAGGAAGACCUCUGCAGUGCUGAGGAACAGCUUGGAAGACAGUAUGAGCUCUUUGCUGUGGUUGCCCAUGUUGGGGCAGCUGACUUUGGUCAUUACUGUGCCUAUAUCCAGAAUUCUGUGGAUGGAAAAUGGUUCUGCUUCAACGACUCCAAUGUUUGUUGGGUAUCCUGGGAAGACAUCCAGUGUACUUAUGGAAAUCAUAACUACCGCUGGCGGGAAACUGCAUAUCUUCUGGUUUACAUGAAGAUUGAAUCCUAAUGGAUGUACCCUAAACUGUCAGAGACUGACAAAGUUUCAUUUUUCUUUUCUAUCCCUGGAUCUGCUGACUCUCUCAAGAGAUUUUGCAGUGAGAAGAAGGAUCAUUUUCAAAUUGUAUAGUUAAAUUUUAUUUAUAAUCGGGGUUGAUUAUCAAAAUAUUUACCAGUAACUCUGCAUGGGUCUUGAUCAGUCAGAAUAGACACUUCCACUGGCUAGAGCCAGGACCUGAGUGCUUCCUGCUGUGGAAGGCAUGAAUCCUUUAGUUAGGAGAGUAGAGGGGUUGAAGUGUUCACAGGAGAGGGGAAACCAGGCCAACAAUUGUAAUGGGAGGCAUUCAGGUGGCAAGGGGCAGUGGUAGGGAAGUAUUUCAGUAUUUUACAGCUAUUUUGACUGUACUGGUAUGUACUGGCAGAAUAUUAUUUUUGUUUAUAAUUUAAAACAAUUUUAGAACCCAUACUACUUUAAUAAAAGUGAAGUGUUUUAUAAUUGUUAUUCAUUUAUUUGACAAAUAUGUAUUGAUUACCUACUCUCUGAAAGGUAGUGUGCUAGACACCAUAAUGAAUAAAGUUCUUUU